CCCUGUCGUCGCCAGCAUGCUCCCCCAGAUGCCGCCCCGCUCCUGCGACACCUUUGUGGCGCUGCCGCCUGCCGCGGCGGCUGGUCGUGUCAUCUUCGGAAAGAAUUCGGACCGGCCGGCGGACGAGGUGCAGGAGGUCGUCUACUUCCCGGCCGCCGCGUACCCGCCCGGUGCAGCGCUGGAGUGCACCUACAUCACCAUCGAGCAGGUCGAACAGACCCACGCCGUGGUCCUGAGCCGCCCCUCCUGGCUCUGGGGGGCAGAGAUGGGCGCCAACGAGCAUGGCGUGUGUAUCGGGAACGAAGCGGUGUGGGGGAGAGAGGAGAUCUGCGAGGAUGAAGCUCUUCUCGGCAUGGACCUCGUAAGGCUUGGACUGGAGAGAGCGGACACAGCUGAAAAGGCUCUUGCUGUCAUAGUUGAUUUGCUAGAAAAGUAUGGACAGGGAGGAAACUGCAUGGAGAGCCACAUGGCAUUUACAUACUACAAUAGUUUUUUGAUAGCUGACAGAAAGGAAGCAUGGGUGCUGGAGACAUCAGGAAAAUACUGGGCAGCAGAAAAAGUAGAAGGGGGCGUGCGGAAUAUUUCCAACCAGCUCUCUAUCACAACCAAGAUUGACAAAGGACAUCCAGAACUGAAGGAAUAUGCCAAAAGCAAGGGCUGGUGGGAUGGAGAAAAGGAAUUUGAUUUUGCUGCCACAUACUCUUAUGUAAAUACUGCCAGAAUGACCACAUCCAGAGGUCGAUACUGUGAAGGCUAUAAACUUCUGAACAAACACAAAGGAUCCAUCACUUGUGAAACAAUGAUGGAAAUUCUCCGUGACAAAGAGAGUGGCAUUAAUAUGGAAGGUGGAUUUAUGACAACUGGAAGCAUGGUGUCCAUAUUGCCUCAGCAGCCUAAUAUGCCAUGUGUUCACUUCUUUACUGGAACUCCAGAUCCUGCAAGGUCUGUAUUCAAGCCUUUCAUUUUUGUGCCCAGUAUUACUCAGUUAUUGAAAACUAGCUCCCCUACAUUUGGUCAUGAUGAUCCAGUUAAGAAGCAGCCACGUUUUCAGAAUAAGCCAGAUCGAAGACAUGAGCUCUAUAAAAAACAUGAAAGUGCUGCUGUAGUUAUGGAAACUGUCCAGGACCAAGGUAAAAAGCUGCUGAAAGACAUACAGGAAUUGGAGAAACAGAAGAUCAGUGAAAUGGAAUCAAUCCUGCAAAACGGCUGUCUCGACACUAACCAAGUGGUUAACCUUUUUCCACAGUGUGUAGAAGAAGAACUCAAAAUAUAUAGCUAAACUUGCUAUUUGAAUAUAGUAAAAAUCAGUUUUACGAUCAGUUUUUUACUGAAGUGGCUAUAUAGAUUACAUUCUAUUUUCAAUGUACCAUUUAGUAUGAACAGUUUAAAAAGAUGCAGCUUCAUAUUCAGGCCAAACAGCUCUUGGUUGUAUGAAGCAACAUUGAAAAGGCUUUUAAGAGCUAGGCACUUGCUUUGUCUGUCUGUGACAUAAAGCUGUCAGCAGGGAUUGAUUUUGUCAACAGCAGAUGCACUUAGAAUGCAAUGGCUUGAUUAAAUUGUGGAACAGCUCCAUCUUUGAAUGAAGAACACAACUGAGGGUUGGAUAACUCAGUUGUAGUGUUCACAUGUAGCUUUUAUAGUCAAUUGUAGCAGAAGUUCACAUUGCCUGAAUUUAAAUGGUGACAUUGAAGGACUUCGUAAAAUGUAGACCCUAUUACUUACACUGAAUUAAAAGGAAGGGAUAUACAAGUCAAGCAAGACUGAUAUGCAGCUGUUUGACAAAACCAUUCUGAGAUAUGUUUUGUAUAUGAGCCUUCUGCUCCUUCAGUAUAAAAUGACACUAAGAGUUACAGAAUCACACAAUCACACAAUGUCAGGUUGGAAGGGACCCCAAGGAUCAUCUGGCCCAACCUUCCUAGGUAACAGUAUAGUUUAAAUGAGAUGGCCCAGCACCCUUUCAAGCCAAAUCUUAAAACUUUCUAAUAUAGGGGAAUCUACUACUUCUUUUGGAAGAUUAUUCCAAUGCCUAACUCUUCUCAUGGUGGAAAAUUUUCUUCUGGAGUCCACCAGAAAUCUCCUCAGGAGUAACUUGUAAGACGGGAGUCUCCAUCCUGUUGAUAGCCACUCUUUAUGUGCAGGUACAUGGUAAUAAAGACUCCCCUAAGCCUUGUCAAGGCUGGGCAAACCCAGUUCUCUCAGUCUUUCCUCAUAUGGCAAGUCUUCCAGUCCUUUGAUCAUUCUUGUGGCCCUUCUCUGAAGUUAGAGGUACAGUAAAAAAAUUGGUUACAAUUUUACUGUGAUCUGUUGUGAAAUCUAAUUACAUGGAAUUCAACAGUGCAAGCAUCCUGCGAGUUACCAUACAAUUUGCACUUCCCUGUUUUCCCCACCCUGAUAUAAAAAAUAAAUUAACUUAU